UUGUUUCAACUGGAAUAACAGGUGACAUCGAUCACACACCCUUUCGCGCUCGCCGUUUUUCAAGCUUUUGUUCUAAGUUCCACAAUGUCGCACGUAAGCCGAAAAUCUGGAUAUGCCGACAACUGGCAGUCGGGGAAGACUGUCACAGAGUGUAACCUACGCAUGCUCGACACGGAAGACUUCUGUGACGUCACCUUCCGUCUGGGCUCAGAGAAACAGGUGGUCCGAGCUCACCGCUACGUUCUCGUCAGUCGCAGCUGUGUCUUCCAUGCCAUGUUCUGUGGCCCCCUGGCGGAGAAAGGGGAGGUAACCAUCCCUGACAUUGAGGCAGACAUCUUCAAAGAGUUCUAGCGGUUUUACAAAUCAUCCUUUACCCUGAGAAAAUAACACCUUCCAUAAUCUAUGUUGAUUUUAUACCAAAGUCGCGAAGUUGCUGGGCCGACAGAAAUAUCUUCCUCCAUACUCAG